UGAAGAACUUUUCUGUUGCUCUAAGGUAUUAAUGUGCUGACUACAUAAUUGCACAUCAGUAGUUAAGUAUCUGCAUCACCAGUAAUGCCUUUGCAAACAGUUCUCUCUGCAGAGAAACCAAAUUAAUCCAUUUCUGGUUCUGGUUUUAGUGGAUGCAAGCACCUCACAGUCUUUGUCUACCAAGGAAACUGACAGAGUCUAGGAGAAAUGACUGUCCAAUGCUGACAAGGUAUCAGGGAGUUCAGUUUCCAUCUCUGGGGUCCAAGAUAGUAUCCAUAACACUAGACAGUUCUUUCUCUUUAGACUCUCCCGUUGAUGUAUCUCAUUUUGCUGCUUUGAGGAUGAUAAAACACUGCAAAUGGUUGCCCAGAGAGAUUGUGGUCUCUCCUUCCUUGUCAAUAUUCAAAACUCAACCCUGGUGGAGCACAAUGAUGGACCGGAUGAUAUCCAGAAAUCUCUUCCCACCUCAUCCCUUUUUUGAUUCUGCAGUUCAUUUCUGUGGCAUGCGUCAGCAGAUCUGAAAAUCUGAGGGUCCUGAGGGUCUGGCUGACAGAUCUCCUUCUCUUUUACUCUCUAGUACCAUCAGCCCCAGCCCUUCAAAGCAGUUUGGCAGACUUAAUACUGAAAUGCUCACUCAGGAUGAGUCUUUUGCAACAAGAAUGAGGAAAUUUCUAAAGCAAACAUGCUAUGAUGUGUUCGUGAAUUGUGUAACUUCCACUUUGUUACCAGUAAAGUAAGAUUCUUUAAAAAGCAAUGUCAUUGGGUUCUCUUUGUUGAUUGGUUGGCUAUAUUAAGAAACAUCAACCCAUCCCUUUAAAUACAGUGUUCAUCAUGACAGUCUUUGAAGAGUGGUGGUAAGUUCUCUGUAGAGGAGAAACAAUGACCUAAGGAAGCCGAUGUGGCAGCAAUAUUUGAAGAAGCCAGACUCAUACUGAAUAUCAAGACAGAGAAGAUUGAUUCUGGAAAUUACUAUCCUGAAUGGCCGCUGUUAGGAGAAAGCUUACUGUAGUUGGAGAUGACCGCUCUGGUAAGACGUGCCUCCUCUUUGCUCUGCGUCACAAUCAGCUCCCCACAUUCUACGAGCCAACCCUGUGUGACACGUAUGCCACCGACAUAGAGGAAGAUGGGAAGGAGAUGAAACUAUUUCUGUUUGACAUGUCAGGGAAAGAUGAAGUCAGUUACCGAAAUCUCCGCUCAGUAUUCUAUGAGGACACCAACGUUAUUUUAAUAUGUUUCUCAGUGGACAGGCCUGACUCACAGCAAAACGUCCUUGACCUUUGGGUUCCAGAAAUCAAACUGUUCUGCCCCACAGUUCCUAUUAUUUUGGUGGCUACCAAGAUAGAACUGAGGGAUGAUGAAGGUAUCAGGAAGAAAUUAGCUACUCAAGGCUAUGAGCCAGUUAACACUAAAGAAGGAAAAGCUUUAGCAGCCAGGAUUGGGGCAUAUGCUUACCUGGAGUGUUCUGCCAAGACAAAAGAAGGUGUUGAUACCGCCCUGAAGAUAAUUAGCCAAUGUGCAUUAAAUGAGGAAAAGAGGAAAAAGAAGCACUAUAGGUCCUGCCAGAUUUUGUAAGAGGCACAAAUAUUAUUUUAUUUUUAAUUUUUGUUAUGUGGAAGGGUAAGUAGAUGUCUUUGAUGCUGUUGUGUGGGUGCUAUAAGGGUUGCUUUUAUGCUGUAAGAUGAAAAAAAAAUAAUCACUCAUGUGGAUGGAAAGUCUGCAGAAUCUCCCACUUGAAAAGUUGGAUUUGUUUCCUUCUCCAAAGUAGGCUGAAGAACAAAAUUCUAGGUUUGAGUUGAGCACCAGCUGAGCACCAGAAAUGCAAAUGGACAAGCUACAGUUCUUCACAGAGUUUUCUUGGUCAAGGGAGAUAUACUCAGACUAGGACAAGAAACUGAAAGAGCACUACUGAGACAAUCAUGACUGCAUGGAAUUCAGUGAAUCUAAUCCUGACUUCCUGGUAGCAAGGCUUGGUGGCAUGCAGCUGUGCUGAAAAGGUUUGCUAGUGUGCACUCCCUUCCAUGUGCUUCCUUGAAGCAUGCCCUUAGGGAACAGAGUCACUGUGCAGACACUCGCAUACACAUGUAUCCAAUAGUCUGCUGUGCUAAUAGGAGUGGCUUUCUGACUGGUGUAACAGGUCUAACUUUUUGCAGGAUUCAUUCAUAGACCUGACCUGGCUUGGUUCCAUAAAUGCAUGAGGGAUGCAAUGUAUCGUAUAGGGUGCAAGGAAGGCAGUGCUAUGUACUUCUUCAGGUGCAGGUAAAUCAGUUUACCAAGGAACUGGUAUAAAGCAGCCUGGCUCUGAGUUAAGAUCCCUUUCUUGACAGAAGUCUUACCUUAACAUGAGAGAAGCAAAGAGACCUGGCUUCAAUUUCUAAAAUUCUUUAGAAGUCUCCAUGGUUUGAAUGUAUCUUAG